UUGCCCGCCCUGCACUUAGUCCGCCACAGCUCCAAGGCGGUCACCCGGCACUGGAAGGCCAUGCAUUUCCAGCGCCAGAAGCUGAUGGCCGUGACCGAGUACCUGCCUCCGCGGCCGGCCGUGCCCCCGCGCUGCCUGCCCCCCAGGACGGACGCGCCCAAGGAAGAGGACAACGGGUACGCCCGGCUGCUGCGGCGGCAGGUGGAGGAGGUGUUCCGGGACAACCGGAUGAUCGCUGUGUGCCAGUACAACUCCAUGCCCGACGAGGACUUGAUGCUGAUGAGGCAUUACCUCCGGAAGCAUAACAUUGAGGUCAAGUUUGUCCUGAAUGAGAUCAUCAGACCUGUGCUGUCCCAGUCCAAGUACAAGAAUCUUCUCCCUCUCUUUGUGGCACGCAACAUCCUGCUGGUGAGCCAGGAAACGAAGGCAAAGGAGAUGCUGCGGGUGCUGAAGGGAGUGCCGCAGGUCAACCUCCUGGGUGCCUGCAUCGACAACACCAUCCUGAGCAGGCAGGGAGUGGAGAACUUUGCCAAGCUGCCCUCACUGGAGGCCUCCCAGGGGCAGACGGUGGGGGCCCUGGCCCUCCUGCCCUCCCAGACAUCCUCCCUGCUCCAGUGCGGCCCCGCGUACCUCACAGCUCUCCUGGAUGAGCACAUCCGCCAGCUGCGGGCUGGGGACACGGGGACCCCCACGGCUGAGCCUGCCCCUGCCCAGAGCUCGGGGGCUCAGUGA